CGCGCGGACGCCGCCAAAGCCGCGGCAGCCACCAGAAGCGACUGCCGGAAGAGCGCAAGAGGGGCGGUGCCAAGCGGCGAACCACGGAAGUAGUCAUCCUCCGGACCUCGGAAGUUCUCGCCCAUGCUCGCCUAGCAGUUCCGGUGAAGCUCCCGGAGUUUGUUUACGUUCCGAGCAGACCUAGCGGUUGGCUUCUCCGACUCAGACGCCAAGAUGGGGAAGUCAUUCGCCAAUUUCAUGUGUAAGAAGGACUUCCAUCCUGCGUCCAAAUCCAACAUCAAGAAGGUAUGGAUGGCAGAACAGAAAAUAUCGUAUGAUAAAAAGAAACAAGAAGAAUUAAUGCAACAGUACCUUAAAGAACAGGAGUCGUAUGAUAACAGAUUGCUUAUGGGAGACGAGCGUGUGAAGAAUGGCCUGAAUUUCAUGUAUGAGGCCCCACCAGGAGUUAAGAAAGAAAACAAAGAGAAAGAAGAAACGGAAGGAGAGACAGAGUACAAGUUUGAAUGGCAGAAAGGCGCUCCGAGAGAAAAAUAUGCCAAAGAUGACAUGAACAUCAGAGAUCAGCCCUUUGGUAUUCAGGUUCGAAAUGUAAGGUGUAUUAAAUGUCACAAGUGGGGCCAUGUGAACACAGAUCGAGAGUGUCCCUUGUUUGGUCUUUCUGGGAUCAAUGCAAGUUCAGUUCCUACUGAUGGCUCAGGGCCGUCGAUGCACCCCUCGGAGCUAAUAGCGGAGAUGAGAAACAGUGGGUUUGCACUGAAACGAAAUGUACUGGGGAGAAACUUGACCGCAAAUGAUCCAUCACAGGACUAUGUCGCAAGUGACUGUGAAGAAGACCCUGAAGUUGAGUUCUUAAAGUCGCUCACCACCAAGCAGAAGCAGAAGCUCCUCAGGAAAUUGGAUAGACUUGAAAAGAAAAAAAAGAAAAAGAAAAGUGAUAAGAAAAAGAAGAAGUUACAGAAGAGCAAAAAUAAGCACAAAAAACGUAAAACCAAAUCCCCUUCCUCUUCUUCCUCUUCCUCCUCUUCCUCCUCCUCCUCUUCCUCCUCCUCGGAGACAUCAGAUAGCAGCAGUGAGAGUGAUAACAAAGAAAAGAAAAGAGAGAAAGAAAAGAGGAAGAAAAAGAAGAAAACCAAACGUUCUGAAAGUGAACCCAGCGACUGUAAGGAGGACACGUCUAAGAACAUGCUUUAUAAAGAACUUUCCAGCAGUCAUAGCGACAGGGGAAAAGCCCAGGAAAAAUUAAGGUUUCCAAAACAAGAGAGUUCAGGGGAGAAUAGCAUGUGGGUCCAUUCUGCUGCUGACCGGACAUCCAGAAGCCACCGGCACAGUCCAGAGAAGAAAGGGUCUGACAGAAAUCGGGGAAUCCGAAGUCGGAGCCGUAGCCGGACUGAGAGCAGCCGGCGAAGCGGAAGCAGGAGUCCUUGCCGUCAGAAGCACAGGGAGGUGAGGAGCCGGACACACCGGAGCCCUAGUGAAGAGCAGAAGGGAAGAAAGGGCACCAGAAGCCAUGGUGAAGGUGACCAUAGAAGAGAGCGUGUGCGCUGAGCGCCCAGGAGAUAAAGGGAGAGGAAGCAGGCUCAACAGAGCUGCGGAGCAACCACCUGGGCAUCAAGGACAUCUUUAGCAAGGGCUAACAUACACAUUGUUAUCUAAUAAAAAAAAAGUCAGUUCAUUUUCCAUCUCUGUAAACUGUUGUUUCAAGUAUUAAAGCACGGUUGUACCACAAACUUACGUUUGCAGAUAUUUACAGGGAAUUUAGGGGAUACAAGUGGUGUUUGUUUUGUUGUUGUGGUGGUGGUGGUGGUGGUGGUUUUCUUGUUGGUAGUUGUUUCUUCUGCCUUGAACCAGAUUUAAAAUAUGUACGUAAUUCUUGUGAUUUUGUUGUUGUUUUGAAACACCAUUAAAACAGUGACAGAAUCUUGAAUAAUUAUCAAUUCAAAUUUGUUAUUUUUAGAUUUGAAUAUGCUUGAAGCAAAAUGUAAUCAUUGUUGAAACUGACUAGGGUGAAUAAAAUACUGGAUAUCAAAAAGUGUGUCCUUAAGACUUUAAAAGUAUGAUAUUUAUAAUUGGAUGUCCUGUUAUUUGUCUAUGUUGGCAAACAAAAUAACUUCAAACUUAACAGUUGUGAAAAUCAGAAUUCUGGCAUAGGUCUCACUAGGAUAAGAUGAAGGCAUGGGAAGAAUGUCUUCCUUCUGAAAAUCCAUGGUGCCCAGUUUUGGUGGCUGGCUCCCUUUUCUAACAAAGAGAACUCCCCUGUUUCCAAGUCCUGGAGUCAGUCUGACACUAACCACACCCUCCUUCAUUUGGUAAGGACCCUGUGAGUAUAGCCUGUCCGCAUUUAAGAUCAACUGAUUAUCAACCUUAACUUUGCACCUGAAAAUGUAACAUAUUCAUGGCUUCCAGGGGUUGGAAACAUGUAUAUCUUGGGGGGGAGUGUUAUUCUGCCUCCUCCCACAAUAGCCUUUCUGGGCAAAGUUUUUCUUCAGGAGGUAAAACAUAUUACAAAGAAAUAAUGUAAACUAGAUAUUUUGUAUUUAAAGGUGUAUGUUGGGAGUGGAGGGGUUCCUCUUUGAGACAGGGUCUCCCAUUACUAUGUAGCCCUUGCUAGCCUGAAACUCACUAUGUAGACCAAGCCAACAUAUAAGGUGUUUUGUUUUUUUAAAAAAACGUAUCUAUACAUUUUGCCAUAUGUUCCAAAGGAUUAGGAAAAGAGAAAACUAUGGAAAAUUUCAAUAAAAAUUGCAGAUAAUAUGCAACUAGAACUUUUCUGCAUAUUGUGAAUGUGUUAUUCUUAAAUCAGGGUUUUAUUUUUUAUAGCAUCUCUUGUCUAGUACAAAAAUGAUUUAGAUGGCCAUCACAACUUCCAAGUACUGUAAGAAAAUAAAUUUGGAAGGAGUUCAAACUAUUGCAUAUCUAAUACUUCUGUAUGCACACGAACAGAUGUCCUGUGAUGUAGCUGCAUCUACGAUGUAAAUAGUCCUUUGAUUAUGCACAUGAAGGGAACUAGAGAGGAGCUGAACUCCUUCCCAUAUCCUUUACUAUCUCAGCACACCUCAGAUCCUACUCCUUCACUUAGAAAAGCAUGCAUUUGAAAUUGAUAAAGGCUAAUUUACACCGAGUUCAUCAGUGUUGCAGUGAUUAUUUCCUGCCGUACACCUUUUUAGACUUUAUAAUUUUUGUAAUGUCAAAACCUAUGCAAUACUUACUGCCUUAAAAGAGGGUUCCAAACCAUAUAGUGUUCAUGAAGAAAAGACGUUGAAAUGCAUCCUAUAAUUAAGAAUGAAUUAAAGAAAUACACUUUCUUAUACUUUUGACUUUCACCAAAAUGUGAUACCACCCUUAACUUUACAAGGUAGCCCCUAAGGUUUUUAUUUUAAUCUCUAAUUUAAUCCUUCCUGUUGAGAAUAUUAAAACAUAAGGGAAUAAUUUUAAAAGGGCUAAUCUUACCCACCCAAUUCUAAGAGAAAUUUCCCAGUGGUUACAGAUCAUGUGCAUCUGCAGUUUAGGUUUGGGCCUUGGCCACCCACAGAUGCUAGACAACCGCAAUGGGCCUGUUCUAACUUACAGAUGGAAGGGGAGGCAUUCUCACACACAAAAACAUGGAAUAACGGCUCACUGUGUCUGCAUGUGCUGGCGAUACUGAGGGAUGGGACUGGGCAUGAUCGAGAAAGUAGCCAAAGAAGAAUCCUCUAAAUUCAAUUAAUCCAAAGGAAACUCCACAAAUCCAGACAUGAAAGAUGUCAUUCUUCUUACCCUUAAUAGAGAAACUCUUUUAAAUAAAUCUGGGUACUCGCGACAUUUUUUUCCCUCGAUCUGAACCUGUAUGCAAAGGUAUUGGACAAAUUUUGAAUUUUAGGGACAUGCUCCAAUUCUCCCUAGCCUGUUUAACGCAACGCUGACGUGAUAAUUCCUGUAGGAGGCACUGUCGAUUUACAAAUGACCAGGGGAAAGCGGGUGGUUAGGUUGGGGUUUGUUUAUCUGGAUGUCUACAUAGUAAAUUAGUCAUAAUUUCUUUUAAUAAUUGCCCAAAUAGGCAGAAGCUGCUGCGGCAGGAAGGCUCACCUUGUAGUGUGACAUGGAUCUUCUUUGAAUUAUGCAGUUGCAAUAUGAAGAAAGCUUUUUUAAUCUGAAAGGUUGUGGAGAGAUCUUUCUUCCAAUGAGGCCACAGGAUCCGAUCAGUACCGCUGUUGCAGCAGGCGUUUUUCGAUUUCAAUCACAAAAUUUAGUAUCCUCACAGGCUAUUUUAUGCUUCUGACCUACUGGCCAAGAUGCUGGUGAAGGCCUCUCAGUUAGGCCGCGUCCUCCACACCCUGUGCUGAAGCCCGAGGAGCAGGCGAACACAUACUUUCGAUCUUAUUUGGGUUUUCUGAGAAGAUACAUUUACUACAGUUACCACUUCCUGACAAGUGUUAACCAGUCUGCAAUGGCGGCCUUUGCCACAGGGUCAGAUCUGAAAGUGCCCUGAGAACUGAGCGCUUCCCUGACUUGAAGUUUUCUACUACCCGGUUCCUGAGGCAGAAAAGGGAGCAGAGAAUUCCUAUCACCUUCCUUCCCUCCUCGCUUCACCUCACACUUAGCACCCCAGAGCCCCACGAUGCACCUAAUACUGUAGAGAAGUGCGGACUGGGACGCGAAGGUCUGAUUGUAAUAGAUUUGACCGAACUGCCCACUAGUCGUCUACCCGCGACUCAAGACAGGGAAAACCUCUAGCCUUUGCUUGGCAGCGGCUUUUGGGGUGCCGAGGCCUUCGGAGCCGGUCAGAACUCCACUUGAAAGGGUAUCACACGGAACCCAAAGGAUAGGCUGAUCAGGUGUCGCCAGGCCAUCCGUAGAUGCCAGGGCACACCGCAUUCUCUGGGACUUUUCCGGGAUUCUCGCCUGGCAACCAGGGACACAGCACACAGAGAGAAGCUGGGGAUUUGGGGGCUCACAACCGUCCAUGUUCCGUCCACAAGCCUUUCAAAAAAGGGUCAGCUUAGCUUUUUGCAUGGGUUCCCUGGCGCUGGCCCGCGGUGGCCCAAACCCAACCAGAAGACACUCCCAGGCCCCUCCGAGAGGCUGCAGCGCCCCCGAGGGCCUGGACCUUGCCUCCCUGUCCAUGCUGAAGCUUGCCCGGCCUCCCUCGUGUGUCCCCUGCGCGAGUCGCAGGACGCACUCGCCCGCCUUGGCUUGGAAGGCAAGAGAAUUUUUCUGCUCACUAGGGCUCCACAGGUGAAGACCGCGCUUAGGGAAGCCAAUGCUAAUCUCUAGCUCCUGGCGCAAAAGAAGAAAAUGCCAACUCUCCUAGCAAUUGACAAAAAGAAAGCGGACUGAGGGAGUCUCACUCUAUCUCUGCAUUUCUUUCAUCAAUGAAUCGCCCUGAAGUGGCAAGAUGCCUGCGAAACAAUGCAAAAUCCACAGUGAAUUUCCAAAGAGAAAGAAGGCUACCGUCUGGGAAAACCUACAGCUCAAACGUUAAGCUUUCCCGGAUCCUGGCCAACUGACUCUGGAGGAAUGUGUCCCCACGGACAUUUAGAAAUCUUAAGAGUUCCAACCACCGUACAUAUUUAUACCAAUAAUAUAUGGGGAGGCAAGUCUGUAUGUAUUUACCUCAUACAUAUUUCUAUAAACUCCAGCGUCUGGAAAGGGUGGGGGGUAAAUAGCACUGAACGGUUAAAAUUAUGGAGAAGGGAUAAUAACUGAUUACUAAUUUGAAAGUAAAUAAACAGGUGACUUUUUCAGAUCAAAUUCCUCCUUGGAUCGUUACAAUAAAUAUCUCUGAA